CCAACAAAAUAUCUCUUUUCCUCUCGCCGCCUUUCCACUUUCCAGACCAAAUAAAAUCUCCCUCUAUAGCCGGAAGAAGCCACAAAAACGCCGGAAAAUCUCGUUUCCGACGCAGCAAGCGGACGGGUUCGCCGGAAAGCGGAAAUUAGACUGCGAGAAGAGAAGAAUCGAUUGAGAUCUGGAUACGGUUGCAGCGAUCGAUCUUGCAAACGAUCCAUUCCGUCGGGAAAUUACUCUAUCGGAGAAAUGGAGUAGAUCCUGCUCGUCAAAUAGCUGAAAAAUCGAUCGAAAAAUCAGUUCUCCUGAAAUCUACAGAUCCAGUUCAAAGCUCCAAAUCACAUCGCCUGAAACAGGACUGAAGAACAAGGAAGAAAUUAUUACAUUGGGAACGGCGAAAUAGGAUCUCCCGCGGGUCGAGAUUUUCCGGUGAGUAAAUACUGCUCAGAGAAGCAAGGUCUUAUCGGUUUAUGCCGCGGGAUAAAGGGAAAACUCGCCGGAAAAUCGAGGUGACUAGAGUCAAGGAAUCGGAAAAUCGGUUUCCAUUGACAAACACCGCCGUGAAAUCGAGGUUUCUGACAGUUGCAGAUUUCGUGGAAAUGCGAUUUUAGUCUGGUAAGCGAAACGGAGUUUUGGAGGAAAAGAGAAGAAAGAAAUUCCAAAAAUCUCUCCGACAAAUUGAGUUUUCGUGUCGCGCGGUAUUUUGGUGUCAGCUUAUCAGCUCGAUAUCGAAGUCGAGCCGUUGAGGGAAGAUGAAGAUCCAAUGCGACGUUUGCGAAAGAGCGGAAGCGUCGGUGCUAUGCUGCGCCGAUGAAGCAGCGCUUUGUUGGGCUUGCGACGAGAAAGUGCACGCCGCGAAUAAGCUCGCCGGAAAACACCAGCGCCUUCCUCUCUACAGCCCCUCUUCCCAAACUCCAAAAUGCGACAUCUGUCAGGAGAAGGCCGGAUAUUUCUUCUGUUUGGAGGACAGGGCGUUGCUCUGCAGGCAGUGCGAUGUUUCGAUCCACACCGCCAGCCCUUUUGUGUCAUCCCACCAACGGUUCCUCGUCACAGGCGUCCAGGUUGCUCUCCAACAACACUCCCUCAACACUGCAGUCAGCAGCAAUCCAUCCAGUUCUUCAACAUCAAAUGCUGCGUCAUCAGCCCAACCAGCCAAUAACAAGCGGCGGGCCAGCAUCACCCCUCCUGCCUACUCCGCCCAACAGAUGGUGGGGUACAGACCGCAUUGGCCAUUGGAUGAGAUGCUCGUAACAAGCGGAGAAUUUGAUGCUGGCAGGAUGUUGGCCUGAAGUUGUUUGGAAGAGACGCAUUUAACGGCGUGUUUGGAAGGACUUGGCAAUUUGCAAGUCCUUUCAGUUAGCAUUGAAACAAAGGGCAGUUGUUGGGUUCCCAUUCCGGCUUUCUCAAGUUGCAAGUGAGACGAGGCUAUAGAACAGUCCUUUGUCGUAUUUGCAAUUUGGACGUUUGUAUCCCAUUCGGUGGCCGAUGUCUUGCGUUUGGAUGUAAGGAAAUAGAGAUAGGAAUUUCUUCCCUAAUAAAGUGGGUAGCAACUGAUGAAUGAUUUAAAUGACUUUCAAAUCAGUGGCCCAUUCAAAAGGUAUAAGCUUGGGCA